GAGCGGUAGAGCAGCGGUAGAGGCCAACGCGAUGCUCCGAACGUUCUAUGGGCGCGCGACGCUGUCGGCCGACUGGAGCGGCGAGUACGAGGAAAAGUCAGCGGGCUGGUUCGAGCUCUUCCUCGACCUCAUCAUGGUUGCGGCCUGCUCCAACGUUGCCGAAGGCCUCAAGGAAGACGUUAGCGUCCAUGGCCUCCUCCUCUUGGGUGCGAUGAGCCUCGUGUACGUCUCGGUCUGGCACAUGUACACGCUCUUCAACGCGCGGUAUAGCGAGACAUCGUUGCUGCACUAUCUCUUCCUGUACGUGCUUCUCGUGGGCCUUGGCACGAUGGUGCUCUCGUCCACACCGUCGCCGACCUUUACAGUUGGCCUCAUCGUCUUGCGCUCGUCGAUUGUGCUCAUGAAGCUCUCGGUCUACGGCUGCCUCCCGCGCGCGCGCUCCAAGCUCCGUGUCGAUAUUGUCCUGCAGCUGCUCUCGAUCGCACUCUUGCUUGCGAGCUUGUACCUACCGCCGUCGUUCACAUUACCGGCGUACUUUCUUGGCUUUGUGCUCGAGUGGGUCAUGCAGUUUGCCUCCGCGAUCUGGCUCAGCUUUCGCACCGUGCACGUCCCCCUCAACAUUGACCACAUGAACGAGCGCGAGGGCUGCCUCGUCAUGGUCACGCUCGGCGAGUCGGUCGUGAGCGCGGUCAUCAACAGCCGCGACCUCGAGCUCACGCCGCGCUUUUACGUCGCGAUGCAGCUCUCGCUCUUUGUGAUCUUGUCGCUUGCGAUCUACUACUUUUCGCUGCAGCCGCCGCGCGAGCUCCACGCACUGCGCCGGUCGUACGUCACCGGCUUUGUGUUUACGUACGUCCACUUUGCCCUAGUGCCGACCUUGCUCGUCGUUGGCGUUGGCACCAAGCUCGUGUCGGCGGCCGUCUUGGCGAACGCGCUCUUGGCGCCAACGUCCGUAUGGCUCUUCUUUGGCGCGAUUUCGGCGGCGAUGGCACUCAUGCUUGUGCUGCGUGUGCUGCACUUUGGUGGCCGCCAGCCGGAAGCCACCGACCCGCCGUGCGUCAAGCGCAUCAAGUAUGCGUGGUGGGGCAUCUUUGUCGCAUGGCCCUUUCUGCUCUUGGUAUGCGCGUACGUCUUGACGUGGCAAGGACCCGUGGACCCUAUUACUGCGCUCAGCGUCGCGGUCGCAUGCGUUGUUGUGUGGCUCGUGAGUGAGACUGCCAUCAUGCACCUCCUCGCGGCCACGGGCUACGGCAACAUCGACCAUCUUCUCGCCGAGAACGGCCCGCUGCUGUCCAAGCAGGACUCGACGCUCUAGUACAACAUGGUCCAUGCUAGUACGUUGCUUGGCGUUGGAACUCACUACGCAUGUCGUCCGCAAGUCGAUCCCGCCCCACCGGGUCAUUGUCAUUUCAAGCAUAAAGCGUGAUGUCAAGCAAUGCCUUGUUGCUGACCAGGUCGUUGGUCCACAAGCAACGCAAGUUGUCAUGGGAGAAUGGCACAGUGAUUUUUUAC